AUGACGACCUUGGGGAUCCAUUCACGUACAACCUUGCACACGAUGGAGUCUUCGCAGGUCCCUGGUGACGAACGCACCACCAAGAGCAAAGUCCUCGAGACAGGCGCGGCCAUGACCCAGGACUUCGCCCCCGUCAAGUCCAUCUGCGCCCACCUGAAUGCCUUCCAUGUCUACGCCGACGACCCGAAACGCAUCGUCGAGGCGAACCACUACUGCAGCCACCUGACUGAGGAUGUCCGCCAGUGCAUCCUCUACGACAGCCCUAACCCAGGUGCUCGGCUGAUUGGCAUCGAGUACAUGAUCACGCCCAAGCUGUAUGAGACGCUCGACUCGGAGGAGCGCAAGCUCUGGCACAGUCACGUCUUUGAGGUCAAGUCGGGCAUGCUCAUCAUGCCUCAGCCAUCUGUCCUUGUGCCUCAGGCUGCCUGGGAGAAGGCCGAGACGGCCGAGAUGCAAGAUGUCAUUGAGCUUUAUGGCAAGGUAUAUCAUCUGUGGCAGGUCGAUCAGGGCCAUAAACUGCCCUUGGGAGAACCGAAGUUGAUGACCAGCUUCACCAAGGCAGAACAGAUGCCCGAGUUCGAUAAGAUCGUCGGCGAAAGAGACAGCAGGUUUGGCUCGGACUGGAAGAGGAAGAAGGAAAUCCGGGAGAACAUCGAGGAACCCAAGAUUCAUCCUGAUGCUGACGCGACUUGGAAAUAA